AUGAACGGGUUGGCAGGGACCGUUCCCAGGAUGAUGCGUCCAUCUCUCUCUCAAAACUAUUCCCGCACUGGCUUCCCAAUGGAGGUUUCAACUCCGAUGGGUCAGGGUCGAGUCAACCAGCUCGGAGGAGUUUUCAUCAACGGCCGGCCUCUACCGAACCACAUUCGGCAUAAGAUAGUAGAGAUGGCCCAUCACGGGAUCCGACCGUGCAUGAUAUCCCGCCAGCUCAGAGUCUCUCACGGAUGCGUCUCCAAAAUCCUGUGUCGGUAUCAGGAGACUGGAUCCAUCCGGCCUGGAGCAAUCGGCGGGAGUAAAUCCAAGACUACAUCUCCAGAUGUGGAGAAGCGCGUUGAGGAAUAUAAACGGGAAAAUCCCGGAAUAUUCAGUUGGGAAAUUCGGGAUAAACUGCUCAAAGAGGGAAUUUGUGACCGGGACAACGUACCAUCAGUGAGUUCAUUAAGCCGCAUCAUGAGAGGCAGAUAUGGUGAGAGAGGUGACGAGGAGGAGGUUGAGGAUGAAGAGGACAUCGAAAAGCAUGAGCAAGAAGAAAUCGCCCGCAGGAGCGGACACAGUAUCGAGGGGAUUCUAGCAGACAGAUCGAGUCCGUCUGAUGACGGUUCAGAGGUGGAAUCUGAGCCCGAUCUGCCGCUGAAAAGGAAACAGCGGCGCAGUCGAACAACCUUCACGGCCGAACAGCUGGAGGAGCUGGAGAGAGCUUUCGAACGCACACAUUACCCUGACAUCUACACCAGAGAAGAGCUCGCUCAGAGAGCUAAACUCUCAGAGGCACGAGUACAGGUGUGGUUUAGUAACAGACGAGCUCGUUGGAGGAAGCAAGCGGGAGCCAAUCAGAUCAUGGCGUUCAAUCACCUGAUCCCUGGUGGGUUUUCACAUCCGGCUAUGUCCAGUCUCUCCCCGUAUCAGCUGUCAGAGAGCCCGUACCCACCCGCUGGCCUUUCUCAAGAUUCGAGCACUGUACACAGACCUCAGCCGCUCCCGCAUCAUCACAGUCCAGGAGGGGCGGGGCCGGAGGGCGGGGCUUCCUACUGUCUCCCGAGUCGCCAUGGUUACGCAGGAUAUUCAGAUACCUUUGGACCUCAUAACAGUCACGCUAACUCUUCCAUCAAUAAUGGACUGUCUUCUCAGGUUAUGGGACUGAUAACGCCAGCUGGAGUCACACACCAGAGCCAGGCUGAGUUUUCUCUGGAGUCGUGUGUAUCCGUGAACAGCUCGUGCUCUCAGCGCGUCGAGAACCUGCCGACUCUACCUGUCCGCUCCAACCUGCCCAGUCCUCCGUCUUACGGCCCGGCCUCCUUCUACAGCACAGAGCACAGCGCCCCCUACCAGUACAGCCAGUAUGGACAAAAUUCCUUUCAUUAUCUGAGGCCUGAAAUUGCCUGAACGGGUCGCGCAACUCAACUGUCCCAAAGUCCUGCAUUUUAAAAGCCGGAAUUAGGAUUUGAUGAGAGAUAAAGACUGAAAUACAAAUUCUUUGAUUUGGCAAUAUUAAUAAAACUGUUAUGCCACAGACACACAGCCGGCAGAUCAAAAGGGCUUUUUCUGUCUGAAACAUUCCCUUGAACUCCUCUUCAAAAGCCCUUCCAGCUGAAUUAUCCACAAUCUCAGAAAACACAACAAGACAAGUUGAAUCAAAACUGAAACGGAGACAUUUGUGUAUGAUUUUACUGCAAACAUGUUUAAGUGCAAUAUGAGAAAUAGAAAUGGCCACAUUCAUUCGAAACAUUCGCAGCCACUGAGGUCUGUGCAACCGGCGGCGUCCAAAUCAAGAGCGUGGAACGAGGUCGGCCGUUCUUAUGAUGCCAGACACGUCGCUCUCUGACCACGUUGUAAAUAUGUUUUUCCCAACGCAUUCCUUGACAUUUGAAUGAUGUUUUCGGGUUUUUUUAGACAAAUGAUUGGAACAUUUUACAGCAUUUUGGACCUUAUUUGC